UUUCUCACCCAUGUCAUCCACCGUUCCAGUUGUACAGAAGGCUGGAAAAUCGAUAAAUGACUCCCUUUCUUGAGUUGUCAAAAUACAACACACAGGAAGGCACAGAAGUUCACCUGUGAGAAGUUUUCCUGCUUUUCAGUUUAUUUUUUCAGAAUUUUGCUUUGUCGUUGCCUCGAUUUGAAAUGUUGAAGUCCGAAUUCCAGCAUCAAUUUUGGGUCACCAAAAAGGCGGUCCAACGGAAGCUCGGCUCAAAAGAGGAUGAAAAUAUAGUCGCUUCUGAUGGAGAGCUCGACGCGAAAAUUGAGCUAUUCCAAUCGGUGGCGGACAGUUCUCGGCAACUGUAUCGCAUCAUCGACCAAUAUCAGGAAAGGGUAUGCAUUCUAGCACAGGAGGAAAACUCGUUGGGAAAAUUCCUGCGCGAGGUCAGCAAGGAAUGUCCCACCACGGGUAAACUGAUGUCCAACACGGGCAAGGCAAUCUCCUACUGUGGUCAGCAGCGUAUUACGAUUCGGGUGCCUUUGCUGCGACUGCAUCAUGACGUGCAAACCUUCAAGGGGCGUGCCGUGGUGGAUACCCAGAAGACACUCCAACAGAUGGAACGGGAACGCACCGAGUACCGGGCGGCGCUGAGCUGGAUGAAAUCGGUCAGCAUACAGCUGGAUCCGGACACUGGCAGGGGGCUGGAAAAAUUUCGCAAGGCGCAGCGACACGUUAAGACGGCCAAGACGAAGUUCGACAAGUACUCGUUGGAUUGUUUGGAGAAGAUUGAUCUGCUAGCAGCUGCUAGAUGCAACAUGUUCUCCCACGCGUUGGUGGGCUAUCAGAACUCGAUGCUUCAGUUUGCGAAGAAGAGCAACGAAACAUACAAAACAGCGCUAAAGAGCCUCUCAAAGGACCCGCACUACAACUUUUCCAUUCUAAAGGAACUCACUCAAGCGAACCCCAAUACCAAGGAGGAGGAAACAGAAGGUCAGGACCAAGUGGACAAACCGGCAGACGAUGAUCAAAUGCUGUUCUUUCAGGACGAAUUCAAAGACGAAGAUGUCGAAAAGAAACCAAAUGAAACUAAACCGACAAGUUUCAAUCCGGAUGAUGACGAUCAACUUCUCUCGGAAAAUCCUGCGGCAACAAACCUUCUGUCGGACAUCCCUCAGCUUGACCUUAACAACGAACUGAAAUCCCGAACUGACCCAACUUCGGCUUCUGCAGACCUACUCGGUCUAACCAUGGACGAUGAAUUUUCCGACUUCCUUUCCUCACCGGCUCCGUUCAUGCCAUCGACUUUGCUCACAAAUCCGGAAACCAUCAUACCGUCCACCUUGGAUCACAUUUCCGAUCUCGAGCAGUUCCCUGCACCGAUGAAUCCGAAGUCCGAGAAGACAUCAAGUGACAUGUUUGGAAAUUUCCUGUCCAGCAUUUCCAGGAGUUCCAACGCGAAUGGAGUGGUAGCAUCUGGUCAUGCGCCGGAUGCGAAGAAAUCUCACAAAGAUGGCAAGACGGGUAAGGAUCUCUCCGGAUGGUACCAGCUGUUCGCCGAGUUGGAUCCGCUUUCCAAUCCGGACGCAAUUCCGUCCAAGGCUGAUGUGCCCACCAACAGUUUGGCGGCUUAGUUUGGUGGCAAAAUCAAUGAUGAAUGACGACUCGCAGAAUCAAGAUGUUAUUACUAUGCAUUGUGUUAUCUAAUUAUGAUUCCGAUAGAUUACGAUGGUGAUGAGCUCGCAGGACUAUGCGAUGUUCUUUUUAUUAAUCAUAUGUAUAAGCUUCUUUGAAUGUAUGUACAACUAUCACGUGCUUCACUAAUGGAAAUCAAUAAAAAUCGCGUGAAUGUGGAAUACUAAAAUAGGCAC